AACUCAGUUAAGUUCUUGCUCUUCCUCCUCAGUCUUGCACUAUUAUCAGUGUUCGACUGAUCCUGACUUCGACGUCUGUUUGUACAGUGACUUGGCCAUCAAUAAAUACCCCCAAAGGUUUGAUAUUCGGUCCGGGUGCACCCCAAACUUGAACCUGGACCUAUGGCCCUGGGUUCAGUUCGGGUUCGUCCCGGGUUCAUGUGGUCCUGCACCGGACUACUAUCAUCACAGCUAAAGCUAGUCAUGGCCGAAUCACACUUUAGUGAACGGGGCUUAAGACUGCUCUCAAUAGAUGGGGGUGGUAUACGGGGACUGUCUCCGUUAUUCAUUCUCCGCAACCUGAUGUGGAGGAUCAGGAUGGCCAAUGAUCUCGACUACACCCCGCGGCCAUGCGAAUACUUCGACCUGAUAGGCGGAACGAACACAGGGGGGUUAAUCGCCUUGAUGUUGGGCUGCCUAAGCAUGUCCGUCGAGGAAGCGAUCGCCUGCUGGGAACAGUUUUCUGUCAAAGGUUUUGAUGACACGAAGGGAUUCGGAAUACAUGACGGCAAAUACAAGGCUAGCAGCUUCGAAGAUAUUUUGAAAUCAAUUGUGAAGGACCACACUGAGUCUCACAACCCCGAAGUCGAGAUGAUGGAGGAAAGUGCAGCGGCAUGCAAAGCCUUCGUCUGUGCUAUGAACGCGGACAACAUGAACGCGUUGAUUCCUGUUCUUUUCCGCACUUACUAUCACCCCAAAGAAGCCCCGAGAGAUUGCAAGAUUUGGGAAGCUGGGCGUGCUACAUGUGCCAUGCCCGUUCUCUUCAAACGAAUUGAGAUUGGCUCACAGUACAUGAAGCAGUCAUAUAUCGACGGCGGGGUGGGCUGCAACAAUCCUGCAAAGAUGGUGCUGAAAGAGGCUAGGGAUGUGUUUCCUGCCAGGGAAAUCGUGUGUCUACUCAGCAUCGGCACUGGCUAUCCCAAGACGAUCGCGAUCCGAGCCGCUGCGAGAUCGCACCUGAGUAAUUCGGUUGACGAUGUCGGCAAAGCGCUCAUGGACAUCGCCACAGAUUGCGAGGAGACGGCGCAAGACCUUGCCAAGAAGUAUUGUGACAUACCAGAUGUCUACUUCCGGCUAAACGUCCAGCGGGGUAUGGAGCAAAUUAUGCCGGAGCAGUGGGAUCAUUUAUCCCAAGUGGAGGCGCAUACAGACCAGUAUCUCAAGGACGCGAACAUAGACCCAAUUGUUGAGAAGAUCGUUAAGAUACUUGUAGAGGGUGGGCCGAACUUUGACAUAUCAACCCGAUCAUCACAGUAGGGAUGUGCACCAUAUCUGUACCGUGGUGGAUACGGAUACGGGUUCGUACCAUGGCUACCUUCGAUAACAAUACGGCCGUAUUUAUACAGUGGAAGUACGGUUGUUGAGGUGGUUGGGGACAACGUAAUGCCACCGAGAUAUUCGUCUUCGUCGCCAAACUGUCCAUAUGCGGACAGCGCUACCGUCACGGUACGGAUUUGCCAUCAAUGUACCGUACUAGGCAGGAAUUUUCGUACGGUCUACAGCCGUG